CAGAGUGACUGCUGACCUGAGACAGCACAUCAAAUCUGGCAGCUAUCUAUUCAUUUGACAAGCACUGCAGAGAACAAAGGAGAAGUUCUUCAGUCUAAAGAAUCCAACAUGAAUUUCUCUGGGUUGUAAAGAUAUGAACAACAGAAAUUCAGGAUUACAUGAGAAGAGAGAUGAUGAAAGAAACAACAUACAGGAAGUUGGGUGGGAAAAGGUCAGGAUCGGAUGGGAUUCAUUCCAGGAGAUGAAAGGAAGUGACUAACUGGUACAUGACUGCUCCCUAAUAAAGAACACAAGUGGAGAGAGGAAGGUACCAAGGACUGGUCUGAGACACUGACAAUGGAAGCUACACAGAUCAACAUGUCACAAAGCCCACUGGUAAAUGAGGCCAUUUGUGCUAAGGUGAAGAAAUGCAAACCUCGUGUGAUGUCCAAAAGUGGCCACAGCAAUGUCAGGAUUGAUAAGGUGGAUGGUAUUUACUUGCUUUAUCUUCAGGAUCUGUGGACCACAGUCAUUGACAUGAAAUGGAGAUAUAAACUUACUUUAUUUGUAGCUACUUUUGUAAUGACUUGGUUUCUUUUUGGGGUUAUUUACUAUGCCAUUGCAUUUAUUCAUGGAGACCUCGAAGAAAACAAAUUCUCACGCCAACAUGUCCCCUGUGUCAUGAAUGUAGACUCCCUAACUGGAGCAUUUCUCUUUUCUUUGGAAUCACAAACAACCAUUGGUUAUGGCUUUCGUUUCAUCACUGAGGAGUGCCCUCAUGCCAUUUUCCUCUUAGUUGCUCAACUGGUCAUCACAACUUUGAUUGAAAUCUUCAUUACUGGUACCUUUCUAGCCAAAAUUGCCAGACCUAAAAAGCGGGCCGAGACCAUUAAAUUUAGUCAUUGUGCUGUCAUCACCAAACACAAUGGACAUCUUUGCCUGGUGAUCCGAGUGGCAAAUAUGAGAAAGAGCCUUCUGAUUCAGUGCCAGCUAUCUGGAAAGCUUCUGCAGACCUAUGAAACCAAAGAAGGAGAGAGAAUUCUGCUUAACCAAGCUACUGUCAAAUUCCAUGUUGAUUCCUCAUCUGAAAGUCCUUUCUUGAUUUUACCUUUGACUUUUUACCAUAUAUUGGAUGAGAACAGUCCUUUGAGAGAUCUUACACCUCAAAACUUAAAAGAAAAAGAUUUUGAACUUGUUGUCCUCUUGAAUGCCACAGUUGAGUCAACAAGUGCUGUUUGCCAGAGUCGAACCUCAUAUGUUCCAGAGGAAAUCUUCUGGGGUUAUGAGUUUAUGCCUGUGAUUUCUGUAUCUCAAAAUGGCAAGUAUGUCGCAGAUUUCAGUCAGUUUGAGCAGAUCAGAAGUGCAGAUUGCAACUUGUACAGUAUGGAUUCUGAAAAGCAAAAACUGGAAGAACAGUAUAGAAAGGAAGACCAAAGAAACAGAGAAUGCAGAACAGUGUUAUUUCAGCAAAGCAAUGUUUGAAUUCUUAUUUAUCAUGAACUAUAACCAAGUGUAUAUUUCCACACCUUAAAAAUUGAUAGGCUACAUAGUCUUGUCUAAACAGCUAUGAUGCAGAGAAUUUCUGAAUACAUCAUGACUAAGUUUGCUUUAAUUGGAUUGGAAUGUUUGGGGCUAUAAAGUGGAAUAACUAAGAUGGAUUUCUCUUAAGGGUGUCCCCAUUUGUCAACUUUUGUAACAGACUCUUCUACUUUUCAGUCAAUAUGUGGAGUAUGAUACAGUAUGUUGGACAAAUGUUUCCAAAUAUGCAUUCAACAUAAUUUAGCUGUCUAAGUAGAAUGAAAGAGUUGUUUUUGAAAGUUAAUAUACAGGAUGUUAUUUACCUAGCUUCACAUUAGUUAGGAAAAGGGG